CAGGGACACACACUCCCGCCUCGCCAAGGUCCGCGCUGCGCACCCGCCGCUGCCCAAAAGCCGAGCUCCACGGUGACAGACAAAGAAGGGCAGGCAUCCACACAGCACCUCAGAGACAUUUCCUCACAUCUGCGUGGGGAUGGGCACUUUUGGCCUCAAGGUGCCCUUGUGGAUGGCACUGGUGGGCUGUGUCUUCAGCGACAACCCAGAGACCUACAGCUCAAAUCUCAGCAGCUCUGUGCUGGGUGAGGUCACCACAUUUCAGGGAACCGAGCUCAGUCUCCUGGCUACCCCUCCCAGACCCACCAAACUGGCCCUUCCCAGCAAUGGCUCCAUGCACAACUACUGCCCCCAACAGACGAAGAUCACGUCAGCUUUCAAAUAUAUCAACACGGUGAUAUCUUGUACUAUUUUCAUCGUGGGGAUGGUGGGGAAUGCGACUCUGCUCAGGAUCAUCUACCAGAACAAGUGUAUGCGUAAUGGCCCCAACGCACUGAUAGCCAGCCUGGCCCUGGGCGACCUUAUCUAUGUGGUCAUUGAUCUCCCUAUCAAUGUUUUUAAGCUGCUGGCUGGACGCUGGCCUUUUGAUCACAACGACUUUGGGGUGUUUCUCUGCAAAUUGUUCCCCUUUCUGCAGAAGUCCUCAGUGGGCAUCACAGUCCUCAAUCUCUGUGCCCUCAGCGUGGACAGGUACAGAGCAGUGGCCUCCUGGAGUCGUGUGCAGGGAAUUGGGAUUCCCUUGGUCACAGCCAUUGAAAUUGUGUCCAUCUGGAUCUUGUCUUUCAUCCUGGCCAUCCCUGAAGCAAUAGGUUUUGUCAUGGUGCCCUUUGAAUACAAGGGUGAACAGCACAAAACCUGCAUGCUUAAUGCCACAUCCAACUUCAUGGAGUUCUACAAAGAUGUGAAGGACUGGUGGCUGUUUGGGUUCUAUUUCUGCAUGCCCUUGGUGUGCACUGCCAUCUUCUACACCCUCAUGACUUGUGAGAUGUUGAACAGGAGAAAUGGUAGCUUGCGAAUUGCUCUGAGUGAACAUCUAAAACAGCGCCGAGAAGUGGCCAAAACAGUUUUCUGCCUGGUUGUCAUUUUUGCUCUUUGCUGGUUCCCUCUGCACUUAAGCCGUAUUUUGAAGAAAAUGGUAUAUGAUGAGAUGGACAAGAACAGAUGUGAAUUGCUUAGUUUCUUGCUGCUCAUGGAUUACAUCGGAAUUAACCUGGCAACCAUGAAUUCAUGUAUAAACCCAAUAGCUCUCUAUUUUGUGAGCAAGAAGUUUAAAAAUUGUUUCCAGUCUUGCCUCUGCUGCUGUUGUUACCAGUCCAAAAGUCUGAUGACCUCCGUCCCCAUGAAUGGAACAAGCAUCCAGUGGAAGAACCAUGAACAGAACCACCAUCACACGGAAAGGAGCAGCCACAAGGACAGUAUAAACUAGACAAGGCAGAGCACACCUCAUCCCUGUCUUCAUUCAUGUUGAGACAGUAUCACAGCCUCUGUGGCUCCUGAACUUGUCCCAUCCUUGUUGCCUGACUUUGCCCCAGCCCUGGAGAAAU